AUUCAUGUUUGUGUAGUUUAGUAGCGCGCGAUUGAUGGCUCUGCAACUUCCAUGUAAAUUAUGUGCAUAAUUUCUGACAGAUUUUUUUACGACUGUAACGGGGAUUUGACAAUCUCAAGGCUAAGAGGAAGUGAAAAUUCGUCUGAUUAGUGAAAUAUAUAUUUCUUCUUUCCUUGAAUCAGAAAAUUGUUGCAAAGAUCUGUCCAGAAAUUUUGGUGGCUUUUAAUCUUGUUUGGUAACUUGGUAAAGCUUACAAAGAAUGAAAAGACAGACAUGGUUAGGGCUUUUAAUCUUGUUUUAGAAUGAAAUAAAGAAAAACAGAGCCAGAUUUCAUUCAUUUGUUUCUUUCAGGGAUGAACAAGUUCAAACUUUGUUUCUUGCUCUCUGUUCACCUCUUUACAAGGUCAAGGGAAUUGUAACUGAGGUGAAUUGUAUACCUGCAGCAAUUAAGGAUUGGAGAGGGCUAAGAGGAUCACUGUAAACACACAGGCCCUUUGUAUUUUUCAGCCAGUUCUUGGCAUAAAUUUUUGAGAUUCAGCCAGUUCUUGGAAGCAGAUACUUGAAAUUCAGUCAGUUCUGGCACAAUUUUUUCUGAUCCAUUUACACUCGCAUAAAUUUAGCCAGAAUCCGGGCGUUUCUUGAUUUGGGUAUUCAUUCUGCCAAAAUGGCGGACCUUAGGUUGGAAGGAGGCGGGAAGCAGAUUUCUCUUUCAAGAAAUGGAGGAGACUUAAUGGAAGGAGAAGAUGAAGACAGCCUUGAGGAAGGAGGGUAUAGAGAAAAGGAUGAGGAAGAAGAAGAUGAAGCCAACCUUGAUCUAAAUUUUUAUUUAAUUGGAAAUCAAGAAUCAGUAACAGAUGAAGGAAGCAAUGAUCUCAGAUCAGCUAUAUAUGAAGUGAAAUGUGGAGACCCAAAAAGGCAGAUUUCAGCUCUGCAUCAGCUCCGAAAGAUUUACAGUUUCCAAGAUUGCCUAAUCAAUGAUGAAAUUGGGGCCGUGUUGAUUAACUACCUGAACAGGAACAAAUGGCCAGAUCUUCAAUACGAGGCAGCUCGUAUGUUACGGUAUAUGGCCAGAGACGAACCCCAUCUUUUGGUUGAAAGUGAUAUAGUGUCUCUGUUUAGCAAGCUUUUGAAUUCUCCAAAUGAAGAAGUGCAGGAGCAGGGGCUUAGGACAGUAGCCAUUAUUGCAGACUAUGCUUUCCAAUCCCGUAACUAUGAAAUCAUCACUGAAGGCCUUAUCUUUAAUCUGCUGCCUUUCUUCUAUCGCCCUAAAGCCCCUUUUCAUGUCUUCUGGUUUGCCCUCAAAGCUCUGGUAUACAUCAUUCAUUGCAAACCUGAGGAGACACUUAUUGCUCUUGCACCCCUGAAAGAGCUUCUUGACACAGGGGAGGACCUUGAAGUUCUAAAACUUGCUUGCAAGGCUAUUCUAUAUUUCUCUGAAGAAAACGAUGUUGUUGAAUCUAUUGUUGGAAAUGACAUUUGUCCAUGCCUUGUUGAUCUUCUGUUUCAUGAUUCUCUAGAUAUACUGGUUUGUGUCAUGGAAACCAUGGCCAACAUUGCAGAUUAUAGGAAUUUUAAGGAGGUUAUCAAUGAAAGGGUACUCUACCGUAUUGUGGCAAUCCUUUCAAGUAGUAACAGUAGAGAUUCAGACACAGUGAGGCAGCUUCAUAUAGAGAUUUGUAGGUUUGUUUUCAGUAUCACAAUCCUCACCCCAAAUGACAUUGAGCUUACAAUUAAGACAGGAGUGAUUUCUGCACUUGUGGGGCUCCUUGCAGAGGCAGUAGAUAGUGUAAAGGAAGAAGCAACUUCUGCCAUUAUUAGUGCUAUUAGAGGUGGGAGUGAGGAGCAGGUGGAAUACCUUGUGGAUCUUGAUUGUAUAAAUCUGCUUGUUAAUCUGAUUUCACCUAGGAAGGAAGUCCUUACAGAUUGUUGCAAGAAGGGUCUGGAGAGGAUGAUGAAGCUCAUAAAAGAGAACAGCAAAUACCCACAUCUAUUCAGAAUUGCUGAUUUCAGGCUUGAAAGUUAUUGUUCUGGAUUUCCUCCUGCUAAGAAGCCUCGCUUUGCCUUUCAUCAUGAUGAGAAGCCUCGCACUGGCCAGUCAAUACAAUUUAGAUGAGCUUAAAAUUGAAUGACAUCUGUAUUUUGAAUUCACUUUCUUGGAACACAAAAGUUCGAUGGUGUGGAAAAGUUCUAGUGGGGUUUUUUUUGUAUAUGAUAGCUUUCCUCUUCUCUUCAACGAGUCAUGCAAUUUAAGUGUAGCAGUUGAAGUCUAUUUUCUUGUUUUGUGUGACUUAAAAUUCAAUGAACAUUA